GUGAUUCUCCUGAGUCACUGGCUGCUGACAACCUGGGGCUGCUUCCAGUUCUCGAACUCCUACGCCUGGGCCAACUUCACCAUCCUGGCCUUGGGUGUGUGGGCUGUGGCACAGCGGGACUCCGUGGACGCCAUCAGCAUGUUCCUGGGUGGCCUCCUGGCCACCAUCUUCCUGGACAUUGUAUACAUCAGCAUCUUCUAUCCCCGGGCCGACCUCACAGACACGCAGCGCUUCGGGGCCGGCAUGGCCAUCCUUAGCCUGCUGCUCAAGCCGUUCUCCUGCUGCUUCGUCUACCACAUGUACCGGGAGCGUGGGGGUGAGCUCCUCGUCCACACUGGUUUUCUCGGACCUUCUCAGGACCGCAGUGCCUACCAGACGAUUGACUCACCAGAGGUGCCCGCGGACCCGUUUGCAGGCCCGGACAGCAGGGGUCAGGCCUCCCGAGGGUACUGAGCCCACCCGGUCGUGCCCGGCCCCACCCGGACUACACCGCCUUCUUUGUGCCUGGCAGGCCACUCUCGGAAU